UGUGCACUUGGGCGUUGGACCCCGCAUCUUAUUAGCAACCAGGGAGAUUUCUCCAUUUUCCUCUUGUCUACAUUGCGGCUACAAAUCUGGGAUUUUUUUAUUACUUCUUUUUUUUUAAAAACUACACUUGGGCUCCUUUUUUUGUGCUCGACUUUUCCUCCCUUUUUCCCUCCCUCCUGCGCUGCUGCUUUUUUAUCUCUUCGACUUAAAUUUUUUUAUCCGGAGUGUAUUUAAUCGGUUCUGUUCUGUCCUCUUCACCACCCCCACUCCCCCCUCCCUCCGGUGUGUGUGCUGCUGCCGCCGCCGCUGCUGCCGCCGCCGCUGCUACUGCCGCUCGCCCCGUCGUUACACCAACCGGAGGCUCUUUGUUCCCCCCUUGGAUCUGUUGAGUUUCUUUGUUGAAGAAGCCAGCAUGGGUGCCCAGUUCUCCAAGACCGCUGCGAAGGGAGAAGCCACCGCGGAGAGGCCCGGGGAGGCGGCUGUGGCCUCGUCGCCUUCCAAAGCGAACGGGCAGGAAAAUGGCCACGUGAAGGUAAACGGCGACGCUUCUCCCGCGGCCGCCGAGCCCGGCGCCAAGGAGGAGCUGCAGGCCAACGGCAGCGCCCCGGCCGCCGACAAGGAGGAGCCCGCGGGCGCCGGGAGCGGGGCGGCGUCGCCCGCCGCGGCCGAGAAGGAGGAGCCGGCCGCCGCCGCCGCCGCCCCCGAGGCCGGGGCCAGCCCCGCGGAGAAGGAGGCUCCCGCCGAGGGCGAGGCCGCCGAGCCCGGCUCGCCCUCGGCCGCGGAGGGGGAGGCCGCGUCGGCCGCCUCCUCGACGUCUUCGCCCAAGGCGGAGGACGGGGCCACGCCCUCGCCCAGCAACGAGACCCCGAAAAAAAAAAAGAAGCGCUUUUCCUUCAAGAAGUCUUUCAAGCUGAGCGGCUUCUCCUUCAAGAAGAACAAGAAGGAAGCGGGAGAGGGCGGGGAGGCCGAGGGCGCAGCCGGCGCCUCCGCCGAAGGCGGCAAGGACGAGGCCUCCGGGAGCGCCGCUGCGGCCGCCGCAGAGGCGGGCGCGGCCUCCGGGGAGCAGGCGGCCGCGGCGCCGGGCGAGGAGGCCGCGGCGGGUGAGGAGGGGGCGGCGGGCGGCGACCCGCAGGAGGCCAAGCCCGAAGAGGCCGCCGUCGCGCCUGAGAAGCCAGCCGCCAGCGAGGAGGCCAAGCCCCCCGAGGAGCCCAGCAAGGCCGAGGAGAAGGCCGAGGAGGCCGGGGCCAGCGCCGCUGCCUGCGAGGCGCCCUCAGCCGCCGGGCCCGGUGCGCCCCCGGAGCAGGAGGCGGCGCCCGCGGAGGAGGCGGCGGCCGCGACAGCCUCGUCAGCCUGCGCAGCCCCGUCACAGGAGGCCCAGCCCGAGUGCAGUCCAGAAGCCCCCCCAGCGGAGGCGGCAGAGUAAAAGGGCCCGAGUUUUGAGAUAAUCGAAGAACUUUUCUCCCCCUCCCCCCCCCGUUUGUUUGUUGGAGUGGUGCCAGGUACUGGUUUUGGAGAACUUGUCUACAACCAGGGAUUGAUUUUAAAGAUGUCUUUUUUUUAUUUUCCUUUUCUUUUUAAGCAACAAAUUUUGUUCCCCCACCCCCUCCUCCCCCCACAGAUCCCAUCUCAGAUCAUUCUGUUACCACCAUUCCAACAGGUCGAGGAGAGCUUAAACACCUUCCUCUGCCUUGUUUCUCUUUUGUUUUUAUUUUUUGCAUCAGUAUUAAUGUUUUUUGCAUACUUUGCAUCUUUAUUCAAAAAUGUAAACUUUCUUUGUCAAUCUAUGGACAUGCCCAUAUAUGAAGGAGAUGGGUGGGUCAAAAGGGAUAUCAGAUGAAGUGAUAGGGGCCACGAUGGGGAAGUUUAAGUGGUGCGUGACAUUGCCAAGAGUAACGUACCGCUAGAAAUAAAUGAUGGUGUAAAGGCUUAGUCUUUUUCUUUUUUUUUUAAAGAAAAGUUAUUACGAUGUAUUUUGUGAGGCAGGUUUACAACACUACAAGUCUUGACUAAGAAGGAAAGAGAAGAAAAAAAAAAAAAACACCAAUACCCAGAUUUUAAAAAAGAUCAUAGUCUUAGGAGUUCAUUUAAACCAUAGGAACUUUUCACUUAUCUCAUGUUAGCUGUACCAGUCAGUGAUUAAGUAGAACUACAAGUUGUAUAGGCUUUAUUGUUUAUUGCUGGUUUAUGACCUUAAUAAAGUGUAAUUAUGUAUUACCAGCAGGGUGUUUUUAACUGUGACUAUUGUAUAAAAACAAAUCUUGAUAUCCAGAAGCACAUGAAGUUUGCAACUUUCCACCCUGCCCAUUUUUGUAAAACUGCAGUCAUCUUGGACCUUUUAAACACAAAUUUUAAACUCAACCAAGCUGUGAUAAGUGGAAUGGUUACUGUUUAUACUGUGGUAUGUUUUUGAUUACAGCAGACAAUGCUUUCUUUUCCAGUUGUCUUUGAGAAUAAAGGAAAAAAAUCUUCAGAUGCAAUGGUUUUGUGUAGCAUCUUGUCUAUCAUGUUUUGUAAAUACUGGAGAAGCUUUGACCAAUUUGACUUAGAGAUGGAAUGUAACUUUGCUUACAAAAAUUGCUAUUAAACUCCUGCUUAAGGUGUUCUAAUUUUCUGUGAGCACACUAAAAGCGAAAAAUAAAUGUGAAUAAAAUGUA